GGCGGUAUUUCAGGCAGGCAGGGAGGGGAGAGGAGGACUGUCGCAAAAAAAACAGCGGAUCGCAUCAGGGAAAAGCGGUUACAGGGGAAAAAGGAGGUGGUAAAGCGAGCCGCUUUGCUUGGACAUAGAUUGGCAGAUUAACAUCUGGAAGCAAGCACGAUGUCCGAUAGGAAGGCUGUGAUCAAAAAUGCUGACAUGUCUGAAGAUAUGCAGCAAGAUGCAGUAGACUGUGCAACACAAGCCAUGGAAAAGUACAACAUUGAAAAGGACAUUGCCGCCUUUAUCAAAAAGGAAUUUGACAAGAAGUACAAUCCAACAUGGCACUGCAUUGUUGGCAGAAACUUCGGUAGUUAUGUCACACAUGAAACAAAGCAUUUCAUCUACUUUUACCUAGGUCAGGUUGCAAUUCUUCUAUUCAAGUCUGGCUAAAAGGAGAAAGGGGUUUAAGAAAUGAACUAAUGCACUGACGGCUGGAGCCACAGUCCCUUUAAUGGCUAAACAGCUGCAUGGACUUUAUCUUGUGUAUAUGUAGCAGUAAACUUGCUUUAGUUGCCCAGAAAGGCUUUCUUUUCUUUGUAUUCGAUUGAAAUGGAUAAAUGCUUAACAGUGGCCUUUAAAAGAAUAAACUGGAACGGUUGUACUUGAAGAUUGGAUCACUGGACUUCUCUUCAGAAGCAAAAUUUUAUUUUUCAAUUCAACCCCAAUCCUAUUUUUUAUUUUUCUCCAAUUCUUUCUAUUUGGAAGAGAGGGCGGUUGUACUGGAGAUGUUGGUUGUAUUGGCUUUCUUUUGUUUUUUUAAGCUAUAUUUUUUUUAAUAGCAAAAAUUGCUAUUGCAUUGAAUUCCAUCAGCAACACGUUCCUUUUUUUUUAAAAUAAAAAGGUAAUUGAAUUUGAUUCACCACUGUUCUGAGGCUAAGUAAGAUUUUAUUUAAAAAUCCGCUACAUAGAAACAUGAAAUUGUUGGAUUACCAGAAUGACCAGGAAGGCUUGAUUGCACCUUAAGCAGGGCAAAACAGUGUGUUUUCCCCCUUGUGCUGUAAUCUGCCAAGAGUGGAGAAACUUUCAAUACUUAGAAUUCUGUGCAAGGUCAUCAUCAAACCAGCAACAGCUGAAGUUGCUCUGACUUGCUGUAAAAUGUACAGAUGCUACCAGGCAGUUUGUACAUGAUCAUGUGGUGUUUUUUUUUUGUUUGCAUGUUUUCCAAGGUAUCUGUAACAUGGUGUCUUUUUUUUUCAAAACCUAUCCCUUACACAAACCAUUUUAAACAUUAUAAGCUAUCCUUAUUAAUAUAAGCAAACUAUAUAUACUUUAAAGGUGCUUAUAUUGAUUUUCUAGUCUUCCCAAAUGUCAAACAAAUCUAAACUGCUGAGAAUUUUGAUUUUCUUCCCCCCCCCCCCCACCCCCCCACCCCAAUACCUUUACUUGUGUAUGUACUUAGACUACAUAGCUUGUGAUUAAAGCAUGGAAAAGCUUCACUCCUUGUUCAUAAUCUGUCAAUGAGCUAACUGUUAAUGUAAUUGCCAAUAAAUGGAAAGUGUCAGACCUCUGUCAAUUAUGAAA